AUGGAAAAGCAGCUCGCAGAGGAGACUCCAGGGCCAGGUUUUGAUCCUGCCGCCCUCAACGGCCCUCUUUCUUUCGUUUUGGAUGUCCAGAAACGCCUGGAAAGCCAGCCUGAAACUUACCAGAGCUUCCUGGCCUCGUUCCAAGAAUAUCAAAAAGCACUCGCGUCGCCAGACGCAAGCAAGGACAAGCAUCUUGCGGCGCUGAGGACCAAGGUUGUUUCACUGCUACAGGAUCACCCAGAUCUCAGCAAAGAGUUUGAGCAGUACUUUGCUCCAAACAAAUAA